UUUGCGGCAGUCAACCGACGAACCGGUGCCGAGCGCGAAAAACACAGCUACGCGCACCGCGUUCCGAAAAAACACCUUUUCCCAUCAACCAAUUCGAAAAAUACAGUUUACGUGGUCAAAAUUGGGUUGAUUAAGCCGGUUCGAACCGCUUCCGAGGCGAUUUUGGCUGCUGGGAACUUUUUAUUCCAGCAUCACAUGCCCCAGCAGGGGAGGGCGUAGAUUGAGCCGCAAGAGCCGUACCGAGCCGCACCGAGCCGCAACGAGCCGUACGGCUGCCACCAGAUGAUCGGCUCAUUUUGGAACCUGUGCCGCGCGUGCCCUUCCAUGCCUGUGGAUAAGCUGCACUCCGAGUACCGCAGCACAUACCGAUGGCACGAGCACAAAGAGCAGCAGCAGGGCGUGGUCAGGCAGCCCGCGCCCACGCCGCCCUCCGCGCUGCCCAUCGCACGGGGAGCAAUAGAACCGGCGAUGCCGCGGCGGAAGAAGUACCCAGGCGUGGCGUACAAGACGAACGACCUGUUCGACCCGGCGCCCGCAGACGACAUCCGCGCCUUCGAGCGCGCCCGGAGUGCUCAGAGGAACGACUCAGAGCGCGCGGGCCGGCGCAGCAAGUCGGAAGGCCCUCGUCAGCCGCGGUGGACCGACACCGUGGAGCCAAAGGCCACCACAGCGCUAGGUGAAGUGCUAGCAGCGAAGGAGCCCGAGGUGACGGUCAGCACGGAGUACCGGAACCAGUUCGCGUGGCCCAAGGACGAGACGGUGCCCAGGAAGAGCAUCUCCAUGGGCGCGCUGAAGAAAGCCGCCGUAGCCGAAGGGUCAGUAGAAGCUGAACCCCUCAUGAACCACGUGGACGGCGACCACGACGACGGGCCCAAGAAGUACAUCGAAGACUACCUCUGGAACGGACAAAAACCCGGGGUCCAAAGAAAAUCGACGUUCCGUAGCGCGCUAUCGGCCCUCAUAUACAACGGGGAGGAUCGUUCCAAAGAUAAUAGGAAACGUUACAAAAGCGAGUACAAAAAGAAAUUUAGACCGUUCUCUCAGUACGUGUACGAGGCGUCUAAAGGGACGUUUACCAAAUGCAGGGGGAAAGGGAAAGCGAUAGAGGAGGCGAGCGAGCGCCUGGUGGGGGAUGCGGGGCGCGCGGGGGACGCGGUAGACGGGGCGGGGGCGGGCGCGGGCGCGGGAGCGGGAGCGGGCGCGGGGGAGGACACGGCCAGCACGCUGCGCGCGGCCGGCCUGCAGCCGCUCGGGCUCGCGCAGGGCGACUCCUGGUACCGCGAGGUGCUGGAUCUGCGCAAGCGCGCCGGCGAGUACAAGUAUCGCGGCUGGGGGACUGAACUAGCUCCUGAACACAUCACCCAGCUUUACAAUAAACAGAUCGAACUGUGGUACCAAGUGUCCCGCCGAUCCUCGCUGUCAGCCCUUUCACUCGCUUCCACCAAUCACAAGGCUUUGCCUCGAGAUGAAAAAGAUGGGAAGGAAUCUAGGAAUCUUUCGCCAAAGAAGUUCAGAUCGUUCCGCUCGGCACCGCACCAGUCCAUCCACGCCAAGCUUCAGGAGACGAAGGCUUUAGAACGGUCUCCACAUAAGACCUCUCCUCAGAAGCAAAGGAAGAAGUUGCAAGGCUACAGCUUCGAUGAAGGUGUUACCCAAGAUGGGCCCAGAAUCGAUACAGUGUUCCGCUCCCCGCGCCGCCGGCCCCGCUCCGCAGACCCCGCCCCAGUGCCCAGCGUCCGGCACAUGCCGAAUGGGCACGAGGCGCGUCCCGCUAAACCAACCGGUUUGCCGUUAAGUAGGGGGAGUAGUAGUAGAGUUAGGCCGUCAUCCCGAGGGGGCAGAUCACCCUCGGCGCCGAGCAAAACCGGGGCAGUAAACGGGUCAAUUGUUAAUGGGGAUAUUGGGGCCACGGGGACAUUGACAUCACCAGAGCAGGGCCGGCGCAGUCGCAGCGUAACAAAAGUGGGCAUAAAAUUGGAUGACGAUAUACCGGCUCACCGUAGCGCUUCCGUCGCCAAAGACCACUUUUUCGAUGACUCGCCAAUCGUAAAAUCUCCCCCGGAACCGACCCGGGUGAAGUCCCCGGAGCAACUGAAUAUGCGGUCACCUGACCCGGUCAACUGGACCGUUCCCCUGGACACCGGGAAGACGUUCACGGUGACCCAGAACGUGAAAAGUGAUGAGAGCAUUAAGCGCCCUAGCUCUGACUUUAAGAGUUCGUCGGUGGCCGAAGAAGUGAAGCCGGCAGAAAUCGCACCAAUCCAUCACCAACAGAUGUCGCCAAUACGCUCGCUCAAAAAGAGCGAAUCUCCAACAAGCCUGAGCAAGCGCACGGAUAAGACCCCCACCACUCCUAUCAGCCUUACCCCUAUCGACGAAACGAAGGCUCUGGACAUGAACAAUAUUAAUGGAAUUAACGGAAUUAACAGCAACCAGCUGACUCCUGAAACGCCAAUAGAGAUAAAAGAGAUAAAAGACAUUAAAGACAUGCAGGAAAAAGAGAUGGAAGUUGUUAAAAAAUCUACAGAAGCGACCCAAGUAGCGCCGGGGGUCGUGGACACGACUGUAGUCAAUGAGACCCCCACAGGGGGGCUGACUGCAGCCGAGGUCCUCGACAGGGCUCGCACGAGGUUCGAUAAGUUUUGGGGCAAAAAGGAAGAUGAUGUUUAGUCAAUUUCCAAAGAAACUAUAAAUUGUGACAAUUUAGCAAUUUAAAAAUCAGUUCCUAAAAAUUUUUGGCUAAUGUAUUGGCGUAGCUAGGAUCCCACCUGGUACCAACAAUCGCAAACUCUAAAACGUCUUUAUAUGGCAGUUUAAAAGACCACAAUGUUAAUUCAUUUAAAAAUUAUUUAAAACAUUUCCGCUGUAGUUUUCUAUCAUCCUCUUUACGCUUUAUCUGUCUUCUUCUCUUCUUUUAUUCACUCGAUACAAGUCCGUCGUUGUCCCUGCAAGAAAUUCCUAGAUGCGCCAAUCUUAGUAAAUAAUAAUAGAAACGUAAUGAAAUCGUAGUUACUUUAAUUGCGACAUAAACAAGGCCUUGACUUUUAUUAAUUAAUAUCUAUGAUAUUGACAAUUUGAAUAUUUUAAAAGUUAAACGUUUAGUCAUUUUCAUCAUACUAGAUAUUUCUGUCAUAAUCGUCAUUUUUAUUUUAGAUGUAUUUGUAAAAUGACAAUCCAAGCGUGUUUGAGUAAGAACUGAAAGUUUUGUAACAUAAAAAGCCAAACAGACUUCCAAAAUUAGAUAGACAGUUUUUGUUAAAACAAAAUUAUAGUUAAGUUGAACACAAUUUCAAUGUCAGAUUAAUAAUGAUCAAAUGUCAUUCACAAUAAUAAUUUAUAAUGAUCAAAGUCACUGAUAAUACUUAAAUAAAAAGUAAUCAGAUGUCAUUGAUAAUAAUUAUUGAUAUUAAUGAUUGGGUGUCAUAGAUAAUAAUUAAUAAUGAUCAGAAGUCUAACGCAAAGGUGCGUUUUUUUAUAGAAAAAAGACAAGUUCGUAAUAUAAAAAAUAUAAACUGUCACAAUUUACAGUCAAACUGAGAACGGUAGAAAAAUCGAGCAGUGUUUAUAAAACUAGCUUUGCUUCAAACGACAAGAUAUAACGGUAAACUAGUAUUUAUUUGGUAAACUUCUCGACGAAUUAUGACAUAUAUCACUGUCUGUUAAGAGUGUGAUGGCUUGUGAUAUUAGUGAUGUCCUUGAACGGCUAGCUAGAAUAUUGUAUUGGUUACUAUUCAUACAUUGUAAUUUAUAUCUAUAAGAAUUUAAAUUUCGAAUACCGGUUCCUUUUAUAAACAAAAUGUGUAACUUCUAAUAUAAAUGUCUAAUAAUGUUGUAAUCUAUGACAAGGGCCCGCGUACACUACAUAAUUUUAGUCGAUUGAUAGUUGUAUUCAAUUAGAACCCUACUCGUUACUUAAAAUUAAAAAAGAAAUAACUAACUAACAGUCUGACCUGUCUCAUUGGUCCAGUGCCUGUUAGCCUUUGGUUUCGGAUCACAAGGUUCUGAGUUCGAAUCCUGGUUAGGGUGUGAAUUGAGUACCUACUGAGUCUUCUUUCUUUCAAGAAGUUCUCAAAAAACAUUUUCACACCUCUGUGCCUCAGAGAGCACGUUAAUCGCAGGCGUCCACAGAUCUGCAUCGUACGCAUCGCAUCAAACGGAUUUUAGUAUUAUUUGUAUAGAAAGUCAUACAAGUGCAACCACUGAUCCGCAUCUUAUGGAUCGCAUCGAACGGAUUUUAUCCACAGUAAAAUCUGAUAAUGAUUUUUUGAAAAAAUUGGUUAAUAGAUGACCAAGUUAUGAGGUAACAAACAUAAAAAAAACAUAACCCACAUCGGAGCAGUCUGGUGGGUAUAAUCUCUAUCCCCUCUAUGCUCCAUAUCGGCAGUGGCAUGUACUUCAUACAUGCAUUAAAAUACUGCAUACCUUAAGAGUUGUCUUCUUAGCCCUUAUAAAAUACAGAUUUUUCCAGUUUCCUUAAUUUUAUUACUAUUGCAUACCCUGAUCGACAACCUUAUGCAUCACAUUGCAUAUCACGCCCUUUUAAUGAUGAUGAUUAUCUCUAACAAUCAGUAGAACUAUCGACCGACUAAUUGUGUAGACAACGCGGGCUGUUGGUUAUUUUUAAAAGCUCAUUUUUCGAUGUUGCUCAUCGUAGACCCCCUAACAUGGCUCUGAAUUAUUUUCAAAAUGGAUUGAGGGCGUGCGAUAGCCAGACAUACCUAAUUUUAUGAAGGUUGAUAGUUUGUGAAAUUUUCUUUCUUUUUUCCUGACUGAAUGGCUCAUUGUGAUGUAACACAGAAUACAUAAGAGAAAAAAAAAUGUGUAAGUAAGUAAGUGUCGUAAUCUAUAUUGGGAUGGGACCUCAGCGGCGUUAACGGGAGUUUUGGGCGAAUGCAGAAGCAUCGCCUCAUGGGGCCCGAAGGCAGAUGUAGAAGUUGUGGGAGAAACGAAACUCUAAGAGCGUCUCCUCUGAGACUCAGACCUCGGCUUAAAGGGCCUUCUGGAAGGGUGUUUUGGCUUGAGUGUAUCAGUCCGGGCGCCAUCGAGAUCGUGGUUUAAAAAACCCACGUCCGGGUGACGUCAGAUAUCGGGGACCUCGUCUUCACCAUAGAAGAGCUGUAUUGCUUGAAUUGUGUUGCCUGGGAAGCAUUGUCGGUCGUUAUGUCAUCAUCAGGAUCAUAAAGGACGUUUUUCGGGCGUCUAGAUCUACAAUAGAGGUUGGGAUGGGUGCUCUCUCAAAAUGAGCUUUCGAGUUUGAUAGUUUACCAGCAGCUCUAUACCAUAGAUAUGUAAGGAUUUGGGCCCAUGAAGCCUGUUACCUCACAAAGUCAGGGCCCUAGCUUCUUAAUUGGGAAUUCUUGCCCAAAAAAAAGUGUGUGUCAGCCCGACGCACGAAUGGAGUUUACUCUUUCAGAUCAACUAUAAUAGGUGUAUGUUACCCCGCAGAAUUAUGUGCGGUGAAAGGUGCGCAGAAUAGGUUGCGCACAAAAAAUGUAACGCAGUCAUUCGUCCAUCGAAUUUUACUGACUAUAUGAAAAAAUCGAUUCUUAUGGAGUAAACUCCGAAAAAAUUCUGGCUUCAUAAAAUGAGGUCUGGCAAUCGCAGGUUCUCAGUCCAAAAUGUCUUUUUCUUUUGCUAUCAUCGAUAAUUUGACAGUUGAAAAGUUUUUCGGCGUGUCCCUGUCAAAAUCAGCUUUGUACCGUCUAUUUCUCCGUCCAUCAUGUAGUGAAACAUACCAUACACACUUCCGGAGCAGAUGUUAAUAAUUAUCAUUUUGAAUUAAUUUUAUCGAUUAUUUCACGUAUUAUUAACAAACAAUAAAAUAAGAUUCAAAAAUAGAACGACUCUUUGAAUAUAGUAACAGAGCAAAAAUAAUAAUCAUAGCAUUUAUUUUUUUAUACGCUACUAGUUUUACGUUCUAAAAUAUUGAAAAUUGACGGUUACUGUGAAACAUAAAAAAAGCAAAGUAUACUCGCGUAAUUGUAGUAAACCGUCCAAUGUAGUAUUUUUUUGCAAAUCUUUUUAAAAUUUAACUUAAUAAUAAUAAUGACAUACAAAAAUGAUAUUUUAUUUAAUAAUGUAUCACUUACUUAAAACAAAAGUGUUGUAUUUAAGAUAUUUUUUGACGAACUUCUGUUUUAUCUAUGCCUAUAAAAAUUCGAAUUUCAAUUUUGUGGCGGGAAUCUUGUAUAAGCUUGCUUAGUAUAAAAGUUAACAAUAAAAGUUAUUUAAUUAUAAAAAAUGGAAGUAAGUAGACAAUCCUGUCGUCUUUGUUUGUCCACGUCGAAAUUUACAGUAUCUUUAUUCAGUGAACACUCCCGAGAUAGUAAUAUGCUGGAAAAAAUAUUAGCAAUUUACAAUUUGAGAAUCAAAGAGUCAGAUUACUUGACGAAUAUUUGCUUCAACUGUGCGGCGGACGUAGAAAGAUUUCACAAUUCCAUAAACAUGGUAAAGGAGGCGCAAGGUAAGAUUUAUAAUAUGGAAAAACCUAGCCACAGGAGCCAACGUAUAGGCGAAAGUGUGAAACGGGUAACUUCGUCCUGUCGCGAGGCAGAGUAUAGUUUUUCGUUUCUCGACGUAUCUUUCAAUAUAGAGGACGAGAAACCGAUAAAAUCCAGUUCAAAAUCUUUGUUUUCCUACUUUUCAUCUCCUCACGUGAAUAAAAAUGAGAAUUACAUAUGGAAAACUCCGAAAACGCCCAAGACGUCGUUCAGUGGGGCGAACUGCCAUUUUGAAAAACCGAAACCAAUUCAAAAGAAAAAAAAUCACUCCAAAGACCUUUUCGAAUCACAAUCUCAAGAGGACGAUGACGAAGAUAUUAUGGAAAGAUUACGAAAAAGAUGUUUUGGUCGUUCGAAUGUUUUGUAGAUUUUUUUUUAAUUUCAUUGAUUUGUUUUUCUACUAUUUAAAUACUUAAUUAUUUAUAUUUCAAUGCAUUUGCUUGUAAAAUGGUUACCUUACGCAAUUGCUCCUGGCAUACACCGAGUACCUUAUACCUAGCUACGUAUAAGGUACCUACGUAAAACUAAAAUGUUGAACAUAAAUAUAUAGUAUAUGAAUAAUUACAUUCAAAAUACUCCUAAAGAUGAAUUUAUUUAUGCAUUCUACGUAUGUCAGAAGUAUUGGCGUGAGUUUUAUUUCGAAUUAGGUACGUGACACAAUUUGCUAUAAAAUAAAACAAAGCAUUUUACUAACAAAUGUAUUGAAAAUAACAUAAGUAAUAGUAAUUUUUAAUAAUUAAAGGCGCUAAGAAUUUUAUUACCUUUACUUUAUGUUAAAUAACUUUAUAUACGGUAAUAAAUUAUUGUGUGAUGAUUCAUGUUGUACCUACUGUAAUAUUACAAAGUAUACAGGAAGGUGCAUACUUAUAUUGGGUUUUGGUAAAAUAGAAAAAUUGUAAAAUAUUAAAAAAAAAGUUAUACGGACUUUAUUCGAACCCGCAUUCUACCUCUACCUUUUAGGCGAAGCUUUUCAAUAUCCGGUAAUAAAUUAACUACAAAAAACUCUAAGAGUAACUUGUGGACUACGGAACCCUAAAAACUAAGGAGGUUUAGACGAGUUCUAUUACUAUUUAUCAAAGUACUUUUCAAUUAUUAUACCAAAAUCUAAAUUAUAAGAUAUAAGUAAGUACCUACCUGAAAUAUACAAAGGUUUGAUUGCGACAAAUUCUCCAGGUAAUUCCGUAGAACAGGGUAUGUAUAUAGCGUUGAUUUAAGACUAGCGCACAUUUAGGCAGGCCGCCACCACGAAGGAUUUCGUUAAUUUAUUUCGUUAAUCAAUGAAAAUAAUGUCAAACUAUACGUAUAAACCUUUCUCUUGAAUCAGUUUACUAAUGAUGAAAAUUUAAAUCCGUUGCGUAGUAAAAAAAAUCUACCUAAGUGUAGGUAGAUAUGAUCUGUGGAAAGCUACAUAAUUUUAUUUAUAUCUACUUGUAUUAUAAAGCGGAAGAAUUGUUUAUUUAUAUUUAUGUACAACGCACGUGCUUGUUUGGUGGUUUACGCAACAACUUGUUUCUCUGGAACAACAAGCAACACAAAAUUAUUUUUAUAUCAUAAAGAACCAAAAAUUUUUUGAAGCUCCCAAAUUUUUUAAAUUAGUAAAAUGUAUAUAAUAUUUUUUCGUCAGCUGGCAACAUUCAGUAACCAAGGUGUAAAAAAAUUUCUCAUUUCAACAAUUAUUGGUGGUUCCAAAAAUUUAGAAAAUUAAUUUCGUAACGAUUUUUAUCGUCUAUCCGUAAAACUAUCAAACCACUUUAUUUAAGACCAAAUUUAGUACAUGUCCUUUGUAUGAAAGUAAAAAUAAUUUAAAUAAAUAGAUGCCUGCUGGUAUGCCUGUGUCGGUGCGGUCUGUCUAGUUUGCGUUUAGUUUUUCCAUUUCAGUGUUGUAAAAAUACGUAAUAGUUUUAUAAUAUAUCACACGCAUUGAUAAUAUAUGUUUGUUUAUAUUUUAAAAUAGAAGCUAUUAAGCGUAAAUAUUGUCUCUAUAAUAGAUUUAUUUCAAUAUAUUUCAUUGUGGAAUGAAUUUGGUUUUGUCUGGACACUUGUGAUUUGCGUUUGCGUUGCAUUUGCAUGCGUUUAGACUGUAAGGUCGAUGAAAAAUGUUUGUACUGCAAGACCGUUGAUUUCAGACGUGCGUCGGUUAAAAUGCGGUCACGUUUGCGUUAUGCGUUCAGUAUAAAGUAUUAAAAUAUUUAAAUAACCCUUUUCUUUUAAUAAAUAUUUUUUAAAUAAUUAUUUGUUUUGCCAAUGAUAACAAUGCCCCUCCUCCAAUCUGCAUUUGAGCAACGUCGUGAGUCUAAACAGUAAGCUCCAUAUAUAAAUAUAUAAAUUCCUUUGUCAAUUUCUAUAAAUGGUUCAAACUGUAAUUCUGCUGCCUUGCAGUUCAAAUACAAUUCAAUUGAAAAUUCAUAGUUAAGUUAAAAAUUAUAUUAUUGUGUGUGUUCUAAAUAAAUAUAAAAAUAAUAUACGUUCAUGUUGUAACUAUUGAAUUAAAAUAUCUCAUAGGAGAUUCCUAAGUACCUAACUUGUGGUUAUUCAAUAAGAUUAAAUUAUUUAAUUAAAAUAUAUAAGUUUUAUUAAAACUUUAAUUAAUUUAAUAUUAAAUAUGAAACGUAAAACAAAUGUUGAUGUAUACUUCGUAAAUGCGAGUUGAUAAUUUAAAAUUCUCAAUAAAAAAAAACUUAAGCGUGUUUGAAUUUUGAUUCACACGUAAAAAAAAUAUAAUUAAUUAUUGUCGUGUUAUUUAAUAAAGACUAAGGGGUCCCGUGUUUAUUUGAGGACCCUAAAAUUAACGAAAUAUACCCAUUGGUUAUUUAAAAAAAAACGAUUGUUAUAAGUUCCUAAUAAUAAAGUCAGAUUUUUCCGCACAAAUGACAAUGUUUAUUGAUUUUUUGACCCUCGAGAUGUUAGAAAUAGACUCCAUAGCGUAAAGAAUUAGCUUUGCUACUGGUUUUUAGCGUGAUUGACUUUUCAGUUGUAAGAUCACAUGGACACCUCGAAUAAAAUGUAAAAAAUGAA